CUUUUUUUAGUGUAUCCAGCCACUUUUUAACGGACUUUAAACGCGUAUGUUGGGAUAAAAAGAAAAAGAAAUUUUUGUUUAUUUGACUCUCCCAUUCGUGUUUAAUUAAUCAAUAAUCAAUAAAUGUUGGAUCCUAAAGACUUUGAAGUAGCUUCACCACCCACUGAUGGUAUUACAGCUUUAGACUUUUCUUCACAAGCAGAUUAUCUUGCUGCGGCUUCUUGGGAUAAUCAAGUUCGCAUUUAUGAGAUUGAACCUUCUGGAAACACUGUUCCUAAAACCGCAUUCUCUCAUGAAGGACCAGCAUUGUGCGUUAGUUGGAGUAAAGACGGUACAAAGGUUGUUUCAGGCGGUGCGGAUAAAGCAGGCAGAAUGUUCGACAUUGCUACAGGCCAAUCAAGUCAAAUCGCUCAACACGACGAAGCCAUCAAAUGCAUUCGAUUCUUAGAACAAGGUAAUAUUGUUGCUACCGGUAGUUGGGAUAAGACCGUCAAGUAUUGGGAUUUAAGGUCUCCUCAACCUAUCGGAACCGUUCAACUUCCUGAGCGCUGUUACGCUAUGGAUGCAAAGGGGCCUUUAAUGGUUGUUGGAACCGCAGAGAAGCAUGUCUGCAUAUUCGAUUUGAAUAACCCCACCGUAAUUUUCAAGCAAGUAACAUCGCCCUUGAAAUGGCAAACACGUACUGUUUCUUGCUUUACCGAUGGUAAGGGAUUUGCUAUUGGUUCAAUCGAAGGAAGAGUUGGUAUUCAAUACAUUGAGGAGAAAGAAGCUGCAAAGAACUUUUCGUUCAAGUGUCAUCGCGAUGACGCAAAGAAUGUCUACGCUGUCAAUGAUAUUAGUUUCCACCCUAUUCACGGUACAUUCUCAACAGCAGGUGCUGACGGUACUGUCUCAUUCUGGGAUAAAGAUUCCAAGCAACGUUUAAAACCUUUCCCCAAAACAAAUGGCCAAAUUUCUUGCACAGCGUUUAAUAGAAAUGGAAGUAUUUUCGCUUAUGGCGUUAGUUACGACUGGUCAAAGGGUUACAAACAAGCAUUACCAUCAAAUCCCAUCAAGAUCUACUUGCAUGCUGUUAGAGAUGAAGAGAUUAAACCCCGUACACCUAAGAAACGUUAAAUCCGCACUUACAAUUAGCUAUCGUCCCCCACCACCACCCCAAUUUCUUUCAUGUCCUGUAAACAAUUUCCUUAAAAAAAAAAAAAAAAAAAAAAAAAAAAGAAACGCAAAAAUACCUUUUUAAAAUAACUGC